AGGAGGAUGAAGCUCUAAAGGAGGAUGAAGAUAAAAUUUCCAAAGAUAUUUUAGAUGAAACAGCAAAAAUUCAUGUCGUUUGUUCGCAUUUCCUUCAGAAAACAGAAGAAGAGUUACAAAAACUCAUUCUUUGUAAAUGCGGUUUAUCUUCCGAUCUGAAUGGUCGUUUGUGCUCGAUAGCUAAGUGCGCGAAAGAUUAUGUGCCCUGCCCGCAAAAAGAAUUGGAAAAGGAGCCACAAAAAUCCAUCUUUUGUAAACGCGAAUUACCUUCCGAUCCAUAUAAUUACUCAUAUUCAAUUGUUAAAUGCCCAAAGCGCAAUAAGACUUUCGAGGAGUGUCCUUGCGGAAAUAAUAGACUUGAACGGAAAGAAAUUUAUUGCGCACGUUGUCGUUCGUCGACAAUGCAAUGCACUUGCGCGCCGAUAUCGAAUUUGGAGAGUUGCUUGAAGAUUGAGCCGAAAUUUGGUGAUAUAUCGCCUUUAAAGAUCAGCUCGAACGUCUGCACGAAUUGUUGCAGAACGCUGGAAGAAUGUAAGUGCAGAAAGACCGCGGUCUGUUGCCUUUCUCAUGAAAAAUGCAUAUGUAGAUGGUGUGCAAUGCGCAGCAAUUGUCCGAGAAUGACCGACAAACGCAGAUGUGAACCGCAAGUGAGAUGCAUUAACUGCGGCAGAUUAAAAGAUCAGUGUUGCUGUGCCACUUUCGCUUUGAUAAAAUGCCACAAGAUCAAAGAAGGCUGUAACCGCAAGACAAUGAUUUGCCUGUAUUGUGAUAAUCCUCAAGAUAAAUGCACAUGCAGAGUGAUCGGAAAGUGCUGCGGGUUGCCAUCGGAUGUUUGCAACUGUCAAGAUGUUGACAGUCACGCUCGUGAUCGUGAACGGAUUGUUAGAAGACCAGAUGAGACUCGGACAAUUCGUGUCACCAGACCGAAGGGGGAAAUCAGGCAGUACUUUGCGAGAAACUAUGAGGACUUUCGGCCGUAUUCCGCCAAGAAAUGUCAUUGUUACGAAAAAUUGAAGCGACAACAAUCUAAGCUACCUUGUCAACGACUAAAUAUUUUUUCGGAAGUAAUGAACGAGUUGCAGCGGAAGAUGAGCGAACCCUCGGUAUGCUGCGCACGAUGCUGGAGGAAUCCCUGUUGUUGUGGAUCGCCGCAAGAUCAAGAUAAGAGAAAGAAAGGAGAAAGGAAAAUUGAGGGUCGUGUCAGAUGCACUGAAAUAGAAAAAUUGCCUAGAAACAAGUUUCCGAAUGAUUGCCGAUAUAAGAACGAACAUAAAAAUAUCGUUCAGAGAUCAAUACCUAUUGGUUGUGUUUGUAAAUUAUCGUCGUACAGAUGCAGAAAAGAUAGAUCCAGCUGUAAGAAACCACUGGCAAAGUGUUAUUAUUGCAAGAAUCUGCCUUGCACCUGCAUUACAGUGAGAUAACCGAGGCCGUCGUACAGGUGCGAUGAUUCACCGAAUCGAAUAAAAGCAAAGGUGGAAAGAAUUUUAUUUAUCUAAGAAACAAAUAUGGAAAGGUAAACGAUGUUUAGAAUUAGUAAUACUUAUAAUUAAUAGUCAAACAAAUGACCAGUAAAUAAAUUUUGAAUUUAGAAUUCCAAGAU